AUGUCCGAUCGAUCAAAGCCCUUAUCCACCCAUGCACUCUACAAUUCCACUCCUUCCUCUCGCCAAACCGUCAAGUUCUUGACGGCGGCCACAAUCGGCGCCUUCUUCCUCGUCUCUUCUGGCUUCACCAUAACCGGAACAGUUCUACUUCUCAUACUCUCCACUCCAAUUCUCGUUCUCUUUAGUCCCGUUUUGGUGCCCGCGGUAACUGUUUUAGUCUUGGCAGCCGCCGGUUUGUUCUUCUCAGCAACUUGUGUGGUGGGAGCCGUAGCGGCGUUAUCGUGGUUAUACAGAUAUAUGACGGGGAAUCAGCCGGCGGGAGCAGAGCAGCUGGAUUUUGCAAAGGAUAAAAUUGUAGAGAUGGCGAAGGAGAUGAAGGAGAAGGCUACACAAGAACUAUAUUAA